AAAUUCUCAAUUUGUCGAGCUGCGUUACCUUUCUGCCUCCCCUUCUUCAGUCAUUGGUUGCCUUAACAUUUAUUUACCACAAAUCGGAUCUCCACAGUCUCCCGUCUGGCCGGUGGCCGUCUAAGAUGCACGAUUGGUCCGCGUUGUCCGGACUAUGAGCCAGCAGCUGCAGUCGGAAUUUUACUUCAACAACAAGGAAGACUACAACACCAUCCUCGACAGCAUGAGCCGGGACUUCAAUGAGCGUUGGAACAAGCAAACCCAAUCCCCGUACACCAACCUCGAGAACUAUGUGCAGCGUGCGGUGCUCGGAAAUGGCAGCUUUGGCACUGUGCUGCUGGUCAGAGAGAAGGCGGGCAAGAACUACUAUGCGGCCAAGAUGAUGAGCAAGGAGGAUCUGGUGCGCCUCAAGCAGGUCAAUCAUGUGCACAACGAGAAGACAGUGCUGAGUGCCGCUCGUUUUCCCUUUCUCAUUCAUUUGAUAGACUCCUCCAAGGACUUUGACUAUCUCUAUCUCGUGUUGCCCUUCAUCAACGGCGGGGAACUCUUCUCCUACCAUCGCAAAGUGCGGAAAUUCAGUGAGAAACAGAGCCGCUUCUAUGCCUCACAGGUGGUGCUGGCCCUCGAGUACAUGCACCGCAUGAACCUCAUGUAUCGCGACCUCAAGCCCGAGAAUAUUCUAUUGGAUCUCAAAGGAUACAUUAAGCUGACAGAUUUUGGUUUCACAAAGCGCGUGGAGGGACGCACCACUACGCUCUGCGGCACACCCGAGUACCUUGCCCCCGAGAUCAUUCAGCUGAAGCCGUACAACAAAAGCGUCGACUGGUGGGCCUUUGGCAUUCUGCUCUUUGAGUUUGUGUCCGGCCGUUCGCCCUUUGCCGCCCACAAUCGCGAUGUCAUAAUUAUGUACUCAAAGAUCUGCAUGGGCGAGUAUCGAAUACCCAAUUAUUUCACGGCGCACCUCAAGAACAUGAUAGAGGGACUCAUGCAGGUGGACACGUCCAAGCGUUUAGGAAACUCGACGGAGGGUCCGGCGGACAUCAAGGCACAUCCGUGGUUCCAGGGCGUCGACUGGUUUGCGGUGCUCAAUCAGGAGGUGCCGCCACCCUACGUGCCCACGGUCACCAGCAUCGAGGAUCUCUCGCACUUCGAUCACUUUGAGGCCAAGGCCAAGCUCAAGUCCAGGAUCAAUCGCCAUCCCGAGUUGUUUAUGGAUUUCUAGGGGAUCCCUUGUGGUUGUUCCUUUGUUGUCAGUUUUUAUUGCUUUUGAGAUUUCUGUGCUUUGAAA